GAAACAUUGAUGGGCAUAAAAUAAUAGUGUUUAUUGGACAAAGAAUUAUAAAGAAUUUUUAAGGAUUGUAAAAAUCAAAAUGAGUUUUUAAUAAGUAAACAAUCAUUUUUCACGCUUCAGAAUUUCGAAUAAUUAUGUAUUUUCAGAAAAUUACACUCAAUAUUCAGCAGUUAAUCAUCAUUACAAAGACUACUGAAAUAUUAAUAAAAAUUUUAUCAUAUUAAACUGUAAAACAGAAGCUACAAACUUUGAUCACGACUACUACUACUGCUACUUAUAAUAAUAAUAGCAAGUAGUAAGUGGUAGAAAUGACUACUGCAAACCCGGAAAUAUGGGUAACAUCGAAUUUUAAUCACAAUGGAAUUAUGAACCAAAAUACAAUGUCUAAUGGUUUUAAUGAGAGUAACAAUAAUAGUAUAAAUGCAAUGACCCCUAUUACUGAUACUACAACUACUAUUACUACCAUUUCAACCAACAAUAGUAAUAAUAGUAUUAAUGUUAGUAAUAUUAAUACGGUUCUCAUAUCAGAUACAGAUUUGCAAACAUAUUCAAGUACUAAGUUUAUUUGUUCCAGUCCAAAUCGUAAUGAACUAAAUCAAAGUAUGAAUAUUCAUUUGAAAAAUAAUCAUACACAUAACCCUCCAGUAACAUUGAUCUCCACUGAUCAAAAUUCAAAUAAAUCAGCUGACAAUUCAAAAUUAUCUGCCUAUUGUACACAAAAUAAAAGCAGAAAUGAUCCUAAUUUUAUUAAAGUCAAUAUGUUGCGUUGUAAUGAAUGUCAAUCAAUUAUAUUUGAUCAAUAUUAUCAUAGUAUAGAUGAUCUUACAUGGCACCAAAAUUGUUUAAGAUGUUUUGAUUGUGGAUUUGUGCUCACAGAACGAUGUUACACAAAGGAUGGUCAUUUAUACUGUCGAGAAGAUUUUAUCAAAAAUUUCGGUCCAAAAUGUUCAGCUUGUCACAAACUUAUUCGGAAUGGCGAACUUGUCCGAUUUGCUCGUCAUUAUGUAUAUCAUAUCAACUGUUUUCAAUGUGCAAUUUGUAAGAAACAAUUCACUACAGGUGAUCAAUAUUAUCUUUUAUAUAGUGACAAGUUUUUAAUAUGUCGUGAACAUUACUAUGAAAGUGGCAGUUCAUUAAUACCACAAAUAUCAACAACAAGAACUUCAUCAGAAAUGGAUUUAUUAUCAAUUCUUACGAAUUCUAGUUCUUCUAUCAAAGAUGUUAUGAAAACGGAUCGGAAGUCAGAAUCCCCUAGUACAUUGUCUAAUUCUGUUAACUGUGAGUUAUCAGUCAAUAAUGAUAAUUGUAUACAAAACAUUUAUGACUGUGAAACCAAUACAAAUAUGAAAAAUCAGUUAGAACGGUUGAAAGUUUUCAAGCAAGAUGACAUUUCAGAUCCAAUUAAUCAGAUGAAUUCAUCUUUAUCUGAGGCAUCUAUGUUUUCAUCCACUCAGUCUUUGUCUUCAAUACCAUCACUACUGGUACUAUGUUCCACUCCGUCUUCCACUUCAACGGCAGCAACAACAACUCCAGUAACUUCGGUGAAUAUUAUUUCCAGUCCAAUAAUGAAUACAAUAAACGCUUUCACCUCUCCUUCUAAAACACCAAUGAAUGAUGCUAAUAAACUAAUCAAAUCAAUUUCUGAUGGUGGAAAUUCCAUUAUAAAUUCUGAAUUAAAUACACAACAAUUAUUAACAGAAAAUUUGUUACCAAGUAAAUAUAAUUCUACUAUGGAAAAAUCAAAUAUUCUUAUAAAAAAAUCACAAUCAACAUUUGAAGUUAAAUUACAACCAAAUUCUAAUCUAUUAGAUAAUGAAUAUAAAACAAAUUUAUAUGAUCCAACACAAAUCAAAUCAGACUAUUUAUUUCCAUCAGAAAUUAUAGAUAUAAUGACUAGUUGUACUAUUGCUGCAUCUUCAAUAGGAUCAUAUUUAUCUAAUUCUAUCAUUGAUAAUUCACAAUCAAUCAUUUAUUCAUCAAUGAAUAAUACUUUAUUAAAUACAAAUUCAUUCCUUUCAGAUCAAUCAAUCAAUACAAAUACAAAUAUACCAUUAUUUCAACUGAAUCAACAAUUUCAUCAUAGAAAAUCAGAACAAACUACUAAUCAUUUAGAGAAUAGAACUGAUAUUGAUAAAUAUAUUAAUAAGAAUAAUUUAAGGAAAUUAAAUGAAACCCAAGAUAACUAUGAUAAUGUUAUAUCAAAGGAAAUGAUACACAAUAACAGUAAUAGUAAUAAUAGUAAUAAUAAUCAAAGUGUAAAUUGUAACUAUAAUAAUUUGUCAUGGAUUAAUAAAGAAAUAAAUGAAAAUAAUGAAUUAUUAAUAAAUGAUAAUUCACUUUCAACUUUAUAUAAUCAUAAUACAUUUUGUUUAUCAGCUAUGAAUGAACGAAUAUCAAAUAAAGAAAAUCAACUUAUUAAUCAAUCGAAAAGUAAAGUUUAUUUAACAAGAAAUGAGAAACUUCCAUUAACUGUUGAUACAAAUCAUCAAUGUAUUAAUAAUAAUAAUAAUAAUAAUAAUAAUAAUUUGACAAUGUUAAGUAGAAGUAAUAUGUUUAUUAAUGAUAGAUUUGCACAAAAUGUCAAUUUAUUGAUUCACAAUAAUAAUGAUGUUAACGAUGAUAAUGGGGAGCUGGUUAAUCAUAUAAGUGAAGACGAUGAUGAAGGUGAUGAUAAUGAUGAUAAGGAUGAUGAAACUAUGAAUAAUACUGGAGAACGGUGUGAAAAUACUAAUAAUAAUAAUAAUAAUAAUAACGGAAGACAUUGUUCUAUGCAGUUAGAUGAGUUUAAAAAUACAGUGUUACAUAGUGAUCAUGAAAAUGAUUACAAUGAAAUUAAUUCUUCAUCUUCACAAGAUAGAUUUAUUCAUUUAUUGCAUCAAUCUCAUUCAUUCGAAUCACCAAUACAGACAAGUUGCUGUGAAAUGCCAACUAGUGAAGUAUCAUCACAAAGAAGUAUAGUUGAUGAUGAAGGAGAUGAUGUCGAAGUGGAUGAUGAUGACGAUGAUGAUGAUGUUGAUGAUGACGAAAGUAUGACUGGUCAAUGUGGAAUAAAUCAUCGUCAACAUCAUUUAACUAGUGGUAUUGAAAGUAGCUUAAGUUGUGGUGGUCCUGGUAGUAGUAGUGGAAUUAGCCUCAAUACAAAUAGUGGAAAUAAUAAUGGUGGUGGUGCAAAACGUCGUGGUCCACGUACAACAAUUAAAGCAAAACAAUUAGAUACACUUAAAACAGCAUUUGCUGCAACUCCCAAGCCAACGAGGCAUGUUAGAGAGUCAUUAGCACAAGAAACUGGACUUUCAAUGCGUGUUAUUCAGGUUUGGUUUCAGAAUCGUCGUAGUAAAGAACGACGUAUGAAACAGUUGAAUGCCCUUGGUGCACGUCGAUCAUUCUACAGAAAUCCAAGGAGAUUACGUGGUAUAAGAUCAGGGAUAUUAUCCAAUGAGCUGAACUCAGGAGGUCCAGGUGAUAUGAUAACCAAUUCUGCUUACCAUGAAUAUCUAGUAGGACCUAGUCCCGAUAUUUACAAUGCUAUUGCUUCAGCUACUGCAAUCGCAUCAGGUGUUCCUUUUAAUUUGUCUGGUGCAAUUCCGAGUCUGACAGGAAUUUACCCUCUAUCACAAGCACAUCCACUUCCUUCAAACGACUCAGUGAUCUCAGGUACAGCAGCACACUUAUUAAACAGUGAUACAGGAUCUUUUCAUAAUGAUAAUACACCACAUUUCAGUCCUAAUCCAUCUCAUUUAACACAAAAUUUUCCAUCAAAUUCACUCAAUUGUCUUCCGUAUAAUCCAACAAAUUUAUCUGGUUCAAGUGGAUUUCGGGCAGAAACAAAAUCAGAUUUAUUAUAUACUCCAUCUUAUUUUCCUUCAUCAUCUUCAUCGUCAACAUCAUCAAUGUCUUCACAACAAUUAGUAAAAUUCCCACUUUAUAAUAGCACGAAUCAAAAUUGUUCACCAAAUGGAUCAAUAUUUUCAUUAUCUGAUCCUAGAGAUUUUCAUUUAUCUAAUUUUCUUGAAAGUAAUAAUAAUAAUAAUAUGAAAUCAUAUAAUUCAACAUGUCAACCUAAUCCGUUAACAAAUCGACCAGUUCAUAAUUCAAUGGGAAUAAAUUUUAGAAAUUUACCUCCGCCAGUCUUUGAUGAAAUUAUAUGUAGACCGAAUUUAGUAUAAAAAUGAAUGAUUAAAAAUGAAUUUCCAUAUUAGCAAUAUAAUGAUAACUUCGUCAGUUAAUUGAAUUGAACUAGAUAAAUACAGUUAUACAUUAUGUUUGGUUCUUAUAAAUUUACUUUACUGAUUGUACAUAGUUCUUUAUUGAAGUAUUAUCUAAGUGAUUUACAAUUAAUUUUCAUGAUAAACAUAAGAAUGAGGUGAAAAGAUAAGAAAAAACACUAAAUGAAGUUUUUGUAAAUACCAGUUUUACACAUUUAUACACGGACACACACACACGUACAUUUAUCUUGAUGGGCAUAGAUACUGAUUAUCAUUGAUAUAAUUUGAUUAUCAUUACAAUCAAAUAGUAGUAUGUAUGUAUGGUUGAAUCAAAAAAUUUUUUAGGUAGCUCUCUUUCUUUUAACUUUUACCAUUUAUUGUAAAGUGUAGUUUUUAUUGUGUUUUUGUUGUGAUAUUGGCUAUAAGCUGUGAUGUAAAUGACAAGAUAUUUCUGAAUAAAAAUCUAAUUAUUGUAUUUA